AUGGCCGAACUACUGAGAAGGACGUUUGCCAACGCCAAAUCCGAAAACCGCAAUGCCCUUGUUACCUUUAUGACAGCCGGCUAUCCAAGAGUGGAAGACACCAUUCCAAUCCUAAAAGGGUUCCAAGAUGGAGGCGUUGACGUAAUUGAGCUUGGUAUGCCUUUUUCCGACCCCAUUGCUGAUGGCCCAACUAUUCAGGUCGCUAAUACGGUCGCUCUCCAAAACGGCGUGACUAUGACUCAAACUUUGGAUAUGGUUCGCCAAGCGAGAGCCGAAGGCGUAACUGUGCCGAUCAUUCUCAUGGGAUACUACAACCCCAUCUUGAGCUAUGGAGAGCAGAAGUUUAUCGAAGAUGCCGCAGAGGCAGGUGCCAGUGGUUUUAUCAUCGUUGACCUACCUCCAGAAGAAGCCAUCAAGGUUAGAAACUUCGUUGAUGACAAAGGACUAAGUUUGAUUCCACUAGUAGCCCCAUCCACAACUGACCAGCGUUUGGAGCUUCUGGCACAAAUUGCAACGUCAUUUAUCUAUGUUGUGUCUAGAAUGGGCACCACCGGUGCGCAAACCUCUGUUGCUGAUGACUUAACAGAACUUGUCGAGCGUGUUCGCAAAUAUACCAAGGACAUUCCGCUCGCGGUCGGAUUCGGUGUUUCAACUAGAGAACACUUCACCACGGUUGGAUCCGUCUCUGACGGUGUGGUCAUUGGCUCUAAAAUUAUCAAGUUGAUCGAGGAGGCCAAAGAAGAUGAAAGAUACAUCACUGCUAAGCAAUAUGUCGAAGGAAUCCUCGCCGGCAAAAAGCACAAAAACUUAUCAGUUAACGAAUUCAAGGCACUGCAAACUGAAUCCAUCAAUGCGGGAAAGAAAAACGCAGCUAAAGCCGCUGACUUUAGUGAAGUUCACAAAUUCAAGGCGACCUUCGGUGAUUUUGGUGGACAGUACGUUCCUGAAGCUCUGCAUGCCUGUUUGAGAGAGUUGGAACAAGGCUUCGAAAGCGCUGUUGCUGAUCCUAUUUUCUGGAAGGAGUUCAGAGACCUAUACUCUUACAUCGGUCGUCCUUCAUCGCUACACAGAGCUGAACGUCUAAGUGAGUACUGCGGCGGUGCCCAGAUCUGGUUGAAAAGAGAGGAUUUAAACCACACCGGAUCUCACAAGAUCAACAACGCUUUGGCUCAAGUGCUGAUCGCUAAAAGACUGGGUAAAAAGAAGAUUAUUGCAGAAACCGGUGCAGGUCAACACGGUGUGGCUACUGCCACCGCAUGUGCCAAGUUUGGAAUGGAAUGCACAGUGUUCAUGGGUGCCGAAGAUGUUCGUCGCCAAGCUCUAAAUGUUUUUAGAAUGCGCAUUCUUGGAGCAAAGGUUGUGGCUGUUACCAACGGUACAAAAACUUUGAGGGAUGCUACAUCUGAAGCUUUCCGUUUCUGGGUUUCAAACUUGAAAACAACGCACUACGUUGUAGGCUCCGCUAUUGGUCCUCACCCAUACCCGAUUUUGGUGCGUACUUUCCAGUCAGUUAUCGGAAAUGAAACAAAAGAGCAAUUCGCAAAGCUUAACGAUGGAAAGUUACCCGAUGCUAUUGUCGCCUGUGUCGGCGGUGGUUCCAACUCUACAGGUAUGUUCUCUCCCUUUGAAAAGGACACAUCAGUUAAGUUCCUGGGUGUUGAAGCUGGUGGCGACGGCGUGGACACUAAAUUCCACUCUGCCACUUUGACUGCUGGUAGACCAGGUGUGUUCCACGGCGUUAAAACCUACGUGUUGCAAGACGUUGAUGGUCAAGUCCACGAUACUCACUCGGUCUCUGCGGGUUUGGAUUACCCCGGUGUCGGACCAGAGUUGGCUUCAUGGAAGGCUUCAGGACGCGCUACUUUUAUAGCAGCCACUGACGCUCAAGCGCUCGAGGGUUUCAAGCUCCUAUCGCAAUUGGAAGGUAUUAUUCCUGCUUUGGAAUCCUCUCAUGCUGUGUAUGGCGCUGUUCAAUUGGCCAAAACAAUGGACAAAAACCAGAAUAUUAUCAUUAACGUAUCUGGGAGAGGUGACAAAGAUGUGCAGAGCGUCGCUGAGGUCCUCCCAAAGCUGGGUCCUCAAAUUGGAUGGGAUCUGAGAUUUGAAGAAGACCCAACGGCUCAAUUGUAA